GAUUCUCAAAGUUAUUGGUCUAAGGAGAGAAAGUUUUCUCAUGUGUUAUGGAACACAACCCCAAUAUAAUUUGAUAUCUUGAAUUCUGUGCAUGUGGGAUCUAAUAAAGAGAAACAAAUCAGAGAUCUUUAUUCGCCUAGACUCUUCUAAAGCUUUUCUUUCCAGAAAAACCAGUAGAGAGAAGCCCUGGAAACUAUUUCCCAAAGAGAGCUAACAACACAUAUUUCCUUCCAGCGGCAUCUUCUUCCAUGCAGAAUGUGCAGGAGAUAUCAUGGAAGCCAUUGCAAAAUUUGACUUUAAUGCAUCAGGAGAGGAUGAGCUAAGUUUCCAGGCACGGGACGUUCUGAAGAUCUUAAGCUCUCAGGAAAAUUGGUAUAAAGCUGAGUUGAAGAACUAUGAGGGAUACGUCCCAAAGAAUUACAUUGAUUUUCAGGUUCCCAGCUGGUUCCAAGAAAGAGUAUCCCGCCACAUGGCUGAGACGAUGCUCAGGGAUAAAGGAGUUGGUGCUUUCAUAGUCCGAGCUAGUCAGAACUCCCCAGGAGACUUCUCUAUCUCUGUCAGGCAUGAAGAGGAUGUCCAGCAUUUCAAAGUGAUGAAGGACACAAAGAGCAAUUACUUUCUAUGGAGUGAGAAGUUUCAGUCACUAAACAAACUUGUGGAGUAUUACAAGAGUGUCUCCAUCUCCAAACACAAACAGAUUUUCCUGAGAGAAGAAACCAAGAAAGGAUCGCAAGGAAACCUUAGAGAGGAAGCUUGCGUUAAGAACCAAUUUAAAAAGGAGCAGGAAGUCCUCCAUCCAUCUAUAAAAGAUGCAGGGCUAUCAGAACACAUUAAGUAUGAGGAUCCUUUUGCAUCUUGGCAUCAUAAGCAGAAAAGACAUGGCAGGAGUUUGGAUAUUCAAGAUCGGCCUAAGGGCCCAAAGGAUUGUAGAGAACCAAAUGCAUCAUCUAUGUUCCGGAGACACACUGAUCCAGCACAACAGUCACAGAGGCCACAAUGGGUCCGUGCCUUAUAUGAUUUUGAGGCGGUGGAGGGUGAUGAGCUGGGAUUCUGCACUGGAGAUGUCAUAGAAGUCCUGGACAACUCUGAUGAACAUUGGUGGAAAGGCUAUUUACAUGGAAAGCUUGGCCUCUUUCCUGCCAACUAUGUACAGCCAAUUAACUAGUGAAUUCUCAUUGUUUCUGACAGUGGUUUAUUGAGAAUGUUCCAUCAUAGCAAUAGCAGAAAACUCUUAAUAUGCCUGGUUAACAUUCACAGCUUUCACAGUCCUAACAUUAAUUACUGUUCAAACAUACCAUCUUCUUCUGCAGCUCACAUGUUCAGAAAAUGAUGAGCUACGGACAGCUUUGAUUGAUCUGAAGCAUGAUAGCAUAAAAGUCCUUCUUGGAGCUGUUUCAACUCUCACACUUAUUUAGUGCUUUUAAAAUUUAAAAGUAGAUUAAAGUAUAUUUAAUUGUAUAAAUGAACAUGCAGAACUUUAACUUUUAAAAAAGGCAAACAGAGAAAGGUCAAGCAAAUUAUUUAAAUAGUAUUCAAUCUGUUGAUCAGUGCACCUAUUAUUCCAUUCUCUGGAGAAAUUGGAUUCAUCCCCCUUGAGAAAAAUGUAAUGUAUUCUUUCUUGGUUUGAUUUGUCUUUCCAUACCUAAUUCCCCGCUUAUUCUAAGAUUAUAAAUUUCUAGUAAGAAAGCUUCUAAAACUACUUUGAUUGUCUUUCCAAAUAUUGUGAAAUGUACAUGUUUACCACACUGAACAAACACCUGAGAAUAUUAACAUUUUGUAUUUGAGCAACUGUUUCAUUUUAGAGUAGAUUUCUACUUCCUGAUACUUGGUAAGAACGCAAUG